UCUCCCUCUCUCCAAUUAUCUGUGAAGACACUCGUUUACUGUUCGCUUUGAAUCUACUAUCGUUGCUCGGAAUCGAAAAUCCACAUUCCCGAGAUCUGCAUGUUUUAGCGCCCAGACUGGCCAGGGGAUUAAUAACAUAUUCUGCACUCCACGUCCUUUUGAUCGUCCUUCCGUAGCAACCGAAAUUGCUUGGUACGGAUACCAAAUCGAUAAGCCUGUUUCGACACAGGAGGCCCUUUUUUUGACAAGUCACACCGAGUUGUGCAAGGGGCGUGAUCAGUCUAGCCCACCUUUCAGCCCAGGGAGUAACACCUCGGUCGCUUGAUUUUUGAACCUCCAGAUAAUCUCUCCAAACUUCGACAUGCGUUGUUUUAUCUUGAGCGUGCUCUGCACCAUCCUGUUGUUGGGAACGAUAUCAUCGGCUUGGCCAUGGCGGCCCUAUGGAGAACUUUUGGGUGCCUCCUUGGAUAAGCGAGCAGACACCACAGACUCAUCAACCGCUCAAACCUCCGAAUCUACCACGGAUCCCUCCACUGCCUCGAAGACUUCUGCCGGAACCACCACCGGCACAAACACCGGCACAAACACCGACACAAAUACCGACACCAAAACUGGGACUGCAACCGAUUCCCAGACGACCGGCACAGCAACUGGCACGAAGACGGGAAAAAGCAAGACUACCGCCACCACCUCGAUCUCCAUUGACCCUGCUGCCGCUGCUGGUGGUGUGUCCAUGAUCACCCCCGCUUCCUCGUCCACAACCUACUACAAGAUCGGCGAGGAUGUCACCUUCGUGUGGAACUACACCUCCCUGUCGGUCACGCCAUCUGCGGUCAACGUCGUAGCUUCAUGCAGUCUCAACUCGAUGAAAUAUACGCUCAGCUCCAACAUGACCGUGAAGCAAACUGGAAGUGUCAUCUGGGAUACUGGAAAAUACCAGAAAUCGGCCACCAUUCCGUUGCUUACCGCAUCGUAUACUCUGAUCAUCUACGAUGCCAGCAAGGACAUUGGUGAUGCCGCGAGCGCGGGACACCUGAGCUCGCAGAACGGCGGUUACGUCUUCGGGAUGUACACCCCCCAGGCUUACACCCCACUCAAUGAAUUCAAGUGCGCCACCUGCAGCGGCGCCCUGUCCGAAACCAGUCGCCUAGCCAUCAAAUUUACCGUCGGCAUGGCCGUGAUUACCUUCGCUUCGUUCACCUGGUUUGCGGGCAGUGCUGGCGUCCUCGCCACUUGAAAAGCACCUAUUUGGUCCAUCCGAAUUGACUUAUCAUGAACAUUUAUUUCCAUUUUGGGGCGUUGCAUUGUUGAAGCGAUCUCAAUUUACGAUAAUAGCAAGAAAACGGCGUUGCGUGACAUUUUUAUUUUUAUUUUUAUAUACUGUUUCCAUUUCAUCCUUACUCUUACCUGUUGAUUUUAUUUUUCAUUAAUUACAAGCGGAU